AUGACUCGUCUUAUCACCAAGGCUCUGCUUCUAGCAGCCGCGGCAACAUGUGUUGUGGCUCGUAGCCCGGCGCCCCGGUUCUCGUAUGAUCCCAACACGUCGCCCUAUUGCAUGUGGUGGGUGAACUACGAGGGUACCCAGAGCUGCGAUGAUAUUCUGUACAUCAACUGGAUCACUAUCGAGGAGUUCAGGCGAUGGAACCCAUCCAUCGGUGCCGCCUGUGCGGGAAUCCAGACUGAGCGGUCCUACUGCGUCGAUGCCUUCGGUGAGCCCGAGCCUACACCCACCACGUCCAGUACGGAAGAACCACCCACAACGACGACGCCUCCUCCGGGCAAUGGCAUUACCACUCCUCAGCCUACCCAGCCCGGAAUGGUAGACGACUGCAAUCGGUUCUACUUUGUCCAGACUGAUGACACCUGUGCCGAUAUCGCCUCGGCGCACGACAUCUCGCUCGCCCAAUUCAUCACCUGGAACCCCACCGUCGGCGGGGUUGCUACCUGCGAAGGGCUCUGGGCCAAUGUCCAUGUCUGUGUCGGUGUGAUCGAGACGACGCCGACGACGACAACGACCCCUGACAAUGGCAUCGCCACUCCUCAGCCUACCCAGCCCGGUAUGGUCAGCAACUGCGAUAGGUUCUACUUCGUCGAGGUCGACGAUAUCUGUGACGAUAUUGUCUCGCAACUUGGCAUUACGCUCGCGCAGCUUAUCACCUGGAACGACGUCGGCGGCUCUGACUGUCGCGACCUUUGGGCCAACGUCUGGAUCUGUGUGCGUAUAAUUAGUUAG